AUGGAGCUGAUGACAGUUAUACUCCUACUAACUCUAGCCCAGUCUGCAGAGAGUGGAGGAAAACCAGCUAAGAAAGUCAAGAAGGGAAAGCAAGUCAUAUGUCCUUCACAGCUGUCUGCAGAGGAGAUUGCUCAGGUACCAGCCAACUCCACCAGCAACAUCCUCAACAGGCUGAUGGUGACAUAUGACUCUCGCAUACGACCCAACUUUAAAGGUGUUCCGGUGGAAGACAAGAUUAAUAUGUUUAUCAACAGUUUUGGCUCCAUCCAGGAAACCAACAUGGACUACCGUGUGAACAUCUUCCUGCGUCAGCGGUGGAACGACCCGAGGCUGAAGCUCCCGGCAGACUUCAAAGGAGAAGCGCUGACGGUGGACCCCAAGAUAUUCCAGUGUCUAUGGAAACCAGACCUGUUCUUCGCCAACGAGAAACAUGCCAACUUCCAUGACGUCACGCAAGACAACAUCCUGUUAUUUAUCUUCAGGAAUGGAGACAUUCUCAUCAGCAUGAGGUUGUCAGUGACCCUGUCCUGCCCUCUGGACCUCACUCUGUUCCCCAUGGACACACAGCUCUGCAAGAUGCAACUGGAGAGCU